GAUGGCGAUUGCGGUGUCGGACGAGCUGCUCGGCACGUUCGUGCCGAUCGCCGUCUACUGGCUCUACUCCGGCCUCUACGUCGCGCUCGACGGCGUCCACCGCCUCAGCUCCUACCGCCUGCACCCCAAGGCGGAGGAGGCCGCCAAGAACGUCGUGUCCAGGGCCGCCGUCGUCAGGGGCGUCCUCGUCCAGCAGGCCUUCCAGGUCGUCGUCGCCCUCACGCUCUUCGCGGUUAUUGGUGAUGACAGUGGUAUUGCACAGAAGCAACCUUCUGCUGUGGUGAUAGCACUUCAAUUUGUCAUCGCGAUGUUUGUUAUGGACACAUGGCAGUACUUCAUGCACAGAUACAUGCACGUCAACAAGUUUCUAUAUAAGCACAUCCAUUCCAAGCACCACACUCUUGUAGUCCCUUAUUCCUUUGGAGCUCUUUACAACCAUCCUCUUGAGGGACUAAUUCUGGACACCAUUGGUGGUGCUCUCUCGUUCCUCGCCUCUGGUAUGACUCCACGAACGUCCAUAUUCUUUUUCUCGUUUGCAACCAUCAAGACGGUGGAUGAUCACUGCGGGCUGUGGCUUCCUGGUAAUAUCCUCCAUGCUUUGUUCAGCAACAACAGCGCUUAUCAUGACAUCCACCACCAGCUCUACGGCAACAAAUACAACUUUUCGCAACCUUUCUUUGUCCUUUGGGACAAGAUACUAGGGACAUACAUGCCCUACUCUCUCGAGCAGCGAAAAGGAGGAGGGCUAGAAUCAAGGCCAGUUAAAUUAGUAGAGCAAACCAAGACUGAUUAAUACAUGCAUAGUCUCUGAUCCUUGUUCCAUUUAGGUCCUAUACUCACCGCUUUGUCGCUCCCCCAGAUUUUCUAACUACGCAAAUGCUGUAGAAUUCGUGUCCUGGUCCGUAUAGUGAGGGUUUUUCUUGUUUUCUACACUUUCUUUUUGAUUUGGUUUGGGAGUUCCGUCUUGUAUCAAGGUAUACCGGGUAAAGUAUUGUAUUGUAUCAAAGAAUACUCAGCAUCCACUUGGAUUUGUCUCCUCUGGAUUGGUCUGUACUUCCAUCCAUGGCGAUGUUGACAAAGAAGGAUGAUAUUUACACUGUAUUCAGUAUGCAGCAUUGAGUUGUACUUCUCA